GCAAGUUCUACACAUGCGGUAGCGGACCUCCAUUCAAACUGAGAUAUUUCUGGAUCUGAAAAUACGGACUUAUUUUACAUCGAAUCAGAUAGUCGUAAAUAGCUUUUUUGGAACGAACUCUUUAUUUUUAACGCAAGGCAGCUUUUUGAAGAUACAUUUCAGAAUCUGUGUAAUUUUUUCCAUUAUCCCGCGCGCGCUAUCGUAACGUCUGUGCGCGCCCUAUCGUUAAUUAGCUUAUUGGCUAGCAAGCGCCAUUCUUCACGGACUGAAAACUGCAAAGUGUGGAUGUACUCCUGCUCAUCUGCAGUUACAGUUGCACAAUGGCUGUCUGUUCACUCUGCUUGAUAGCUCAGCACCAAAGAAACAGCAACAGACCUAGUUUAAUUACAGGAUAGCAAUAAGCCCAUACUAUACCUCUAUUUACCUUAAUUGUUUUCUGGUCAGUACCAGAUAAACACAUUACAAGUUUGCACUGCUAAAUCUCAGAAAUCCUGUUAAAACAGGUGGGCCUAAAGAAUAUUUAUUUAUUUUACCAAUUACCUCUUUAUUUUACUAGCUGCUGCUUUGAAGAACCAUUAUAUAAAUAGCUAUUUUGACAGGCAUUCAUUCCCUUUAAGAUUGUGAAGCAAUUCCUCUUUAGUCUACAAUCAUGGUUUCAACAACUGCAACUGCAAUAAUACUGACCACCACCGUAGGGCUGGCGACCCAUACUGCUCUGACAGAGUACACGUGGCUGCUGAUUGUUGGCUUCAUCAUCGCCUUCAUCUUAGCCUUUUCUGUGGGUGCCAAUGAUGUUGCUAACUCAUUUGGCACAGCCGUAGGCUCUGGAGUAGUCACCUUGCGACAGGCAUGCAUUCUGGCCACAGUGUUUGAGACUCUGGGCUCUGUGCUCCUUGGGGCCAAAGUGAGCGAAACCAUCCGCAAGGGUAUCAUCGAUGUGGGCAUGUACAAUGGCUCUGAGCAUGUGUUGAUGGCUGGAUCCAUCAGUUCCAUGUUUGGUUCUGCUGUGUGGCAGCUGGCGGCCUCCUUCCUUAAGCUCCCCAUUUCUGGAACACACUGCAUUGUUGGUGCUACUAUCGGCUUCUCGCUGGUUGCCAGAGGCCAGCAGGGAGUCAAGUGGCUUGAACUCCUCCGUAUUGUUGGUUCCUGGUUCCUGAGUCCCCUCUUGUCCGGAAUAAUGUCAGGCAUUGUUUUCUACUUUGUGCGCAUGUUCAUCUUACACAAGAAAGACCCUGUGCCUAAUGGACUGAGGGCCCUGCCUGUCUUUUAUGCCAUGACUAUGGGAAUCAACCUGUUCUCCAUCAUGUUCACAGGAGCACCGAUGCUGGGAUUUGACAAGAUCCCUUGGUGGGGCACCCUGCUAAUCUCAAUGGGCUUCUCUCUGCUGACUGCCAUUGUGGUCUGGUUUAUUGUGUGCCCUCGCCUCAAGAAGAAGAUAGAACGAGAUCUUAAGUCUUCCAGCCCUUCUGAGAGCCCCCUGAUGGAGAAGAGGGAGCUGAGAGAGGCCCACUGUCCAAUCCUGAAACAGACUGCCAAGGAGACGUCUACACCUGCCACCCCAGCUGCCAGUCAGAACCCCUCUGCUCAGCCCCAGGCUGCACCCGAGGAGCGCAGGGUGGCAUUUGACAUUGGAGAUUCUGACGAUGUUGACAGUAAUAAAGAGCGCAAGGUGGCAUUUGACAUUGGAGAUUCUGAUGACACAGACUACAGCAUGUCAAAUGGUGCUCCCAAACAGGCUCAGUCAAACAGUCAGGUCCAGGUAAACAACCAGCAAGUCCAGCACAGCAAUGGCUCCACAAAUGCUUCCAGUCAGGUCCAAUUCAACAAUCAGGUUCAAUUCAACAACAGGCCAGCACAGAUACCAAGUAAUGGUUACAGCCAGUACCACACGGUCCACAAGGACUCCGGCCUCUACAAGGAUCUUUUGCACAAGCUUCACCUGGCCAAGGUUGGUGAUUGCAUGGGUGAGGGUGGUGACCGACCUAUCCGGCGCAACAACAGCUACACCUCCUACACCAUGGCCAUCAUUGGCAUGCAUGGAGACUUCAAGCAUAAAGAAGGGGAAUUCCGUGCCAGCGAAGAUGGUGACAAGGGCCCAGGGUCAGGUAGUCAGGACAGGAAGCGUGUGCGUAUGGACAGUUACACUAGCUACUGCAAUGCUGUGGCAGAGCACACAACUCCUGAAGGUCUGGGAGAGGGUGAUGUAACACUAGAAAUGGGCAAGGAGGAUGCAGGUAGCAGCCAAAGCUCUCUGGAUGAAGAUGGACUUGAGGCAGACAAGCCAGAAGUCUCAACUCUCUUUCAGUUCCUCCAAAUUCUCACCGCCUGCUUCGGAUCCUUUGCCCAUGGAGGAAACGAUGUGAGUAAUGCCAUUGGACCAUUGGUAGCUCUGUGGCUGGUUUACACAACCAGCAGCGUGUCUUCAGCUGAACCCACACCCAUUUGGCUGCUGCUCUACGGUGGCGUCGGCAUCUGCGCUGGACUCUGGGUGUGGGGUCGCCGAGUGAUCCAGACUAUGGGCAGGGACCUUACCCCCAUUACCCCCUCAAGUGGUUUCAGCAUUGAACUGGCCUCAGCCCUGACUGUCGUUGUAGCCUCUAACAUUGGCCUGCCUGUCUCCACCACCCAUUGCAAGGUCGGCUCUGUGGUUGCAGUAGGGUGGCUGCGCUCAAGGAAGGCAGUAGACUGGCGUCUGUUCAGAAACAUCUUCAUGGCAUGGUUUGUGACUGUGCCCAUCUCUGGUCUGAUCAGUGCUGCCAUCAUGGCUAUCUUCAUCUAUGGCAUCCUGUGAGCAUACAGCUGCACCCCCAGCAGGGGAGGAAAAAGAAAAAUCGCUCCAGUGAGAAAAGGAGUAAAGUUGGAAGGCCAAAAUAUAUCGCUUACCUCAAGCCAACGACUUUGGAAGAAAAAG